UGGCUGCUGGCUUUUAGCGCUUGCUGUGCCGAAGCGGCUGGAGAAGACACCCUUCCCGUUCCCUUCCCCUCAUUUUCCAGUCGCUUCCUGGUUUCUCCCAUGGCCCAUUCGGCGGCCACCUAGGUCGGGCGUCUGUGGCUGCAGGCUGCGCGCCUCGGAGCGCUGGACUGCCGGCUGCCUCGGGCUGGGCUGGCCGCCGCGGUCUCCAUGGUGACGGCCCCGCCGGUGUCCGGGCCUCUGGGGGAAGAUGCGGCCUGCCGGGCCCGCCGCCUCGCCCCCGGCCUCCCUGCCCGGCCGGGGUCACUGAGGAGCGGGGGCCCGGCCGGCAGCCUGCCGGGCAGCGGGCACCAGUGAAAUCGUACUCUCUGACUGGAGACACAGAUGGCCUCAAAUGAGAGAGAUGCCAUUUCGUGGUAUCAGAAGAAGAUUGGAGCAUAUGAUCAGCAGAUAUGGGAAAAGUCAAUCGAACAGACUCAGAUUAAGGGCUUCAAAAACAAACCAAAAAAAAUGGGCCACAUAAAGCCAGACUUGAUUGAUGUUGACUUAAUCAGAGGCUCAACAUUUGCCAAAGCCAAGCCUGAGAUUCCAUGGACAUCCCUCACUCGGAAGGGGCUUGUUCGAGUGGUGUUUUUUCCGUUGUUCAGCAGUUGGUGGAUUCAGGUUACCUCUCUCAGAAUCUUUGUUUGGUUGCUGCUGCUUUACCUCAUGCAAGUAACAGCGAUUGUGUUAUAUCUCAUGAUGCCUAUUGUGAAUGUGAGUGAAGUGCUCGGACCGCUGUGCCUUAUGCUCCUCAUGGGAACUGUCCACUGUCAGAUCGUGUCGACUCAGAUAGCCAGGCCGUCUGGGAACAAUGGGAAUAGGAGAAGAAGAAAAUUACGAAAAGCUGUAAAUGGUGACGGGAGCCGAGACAAUGGAAACAGCUCCUCUGGUAAAGUCAGAGGAGCAGAAGCUCUAGAGUCCGCACCCAGCGUUGGUGGGUUUUGGGGGACUCUCUUUGGCAACAGGAUUAAAAGGGUGAAAUUAGUAUCUAACAAAGGGACUGAAACUGACAAUGACACAGGCUGUUUCCAUCCUAUCAUUAAGAAGAGACAGGGUCGACCAGAGAUCAGAAUGUGGCAAGCAAGAGAGAAAGCGAAGGUUUCGGAUGGAGAAAAGUGCCGUAGGGAGGCGUAUAGACGUUUGGGUAAUGGAAUUUCAGAUGAUCUGUCAAGCGAGGAGGACUGUGAAGCUCGGACACAGAUGAUAUUAUUGCGUAGGAGUGUGGAAGGGGCAUCAAGUGACAAUGGUUGUGAAGUUAAGAAUAGAAAAUCAAUACUUUCAAGGCACCUAAACUCUCAGGUAAAGAAAACCACAACAAGAUGGUGUCAUAUAGUACGGGAUUCAGAUAGUCUGGCUGAAUCAGAAUUUGAAUCAGCAGCCUUCAGCCAGGGUUCUAGGUCUGGUGUGAGUGUUGGCUCUCGGAGUCUUAACUUGUCAAGAAGAGACUCAGAAAGCACCCGCCAUGACUCAGAGACCGAAGAUAUGUUAUGGGAUGACCUUCUCCAUGGCCCAGAGUGCCGGUCAUCUGUCACCAGUGACAGUGAGGGGACUCAUGUAAAUACCCUUCAUUCAGGGACGAAACGUGACCCCAAAGAAGAUGUUUUUCAGCAGAACCAUUUAUUCUGGCUUCAGAAUUCAAGUCCUGCCUCUGAGCGAGUUAGUGCAAUAAUCUGGGAAGGAAAUGAGUGCAAAAAGAUGGACAUGUCUGUUUUGGAGAUAAGCGGCAUCAUCAUGAGCAGGGUCAAUGCUUACCAGCAAGGAGUCGGCUAUCAGAUGCUGGGGAACGCCGUCACCAUUGGCUUAGCAUUUUUCCCAUUUUUAUAUCGGCUUUUCAGAGAGAAGAGUUUUGACCAACUAAAGUCCAUCUCAGCAGAGGAGGUUCUGACCCUCUUCUGUGGUGCACCACCUGUCACACCUGUUGUUAUUUUGUCUAUAAUUAAUUUUUUUGAAAGACUAUGUCUUACUUGGAUGUUUUUUUUCAUGAUGUGUGUGGCAGAGAGAACAUAUAAACAGAGAUUUUUAUUUGCAAAACUCUUCAGCCAUAUUACUUCUGCCAGGAAAGCCAGAAAAUAUGAAAUACCUCAUUUCAGACUUAAAAAGGUGGAGAACAUUAAAAUAUGGUUAUCACUGCGUUCCUAUCUAAAGAGGCGGGGUCCACAGCGCUCAGUGGAUGUGGUUGUGUCAUCUGUCUUCCUGCUGACACUUUCAAUUGCUUUCAUUUGUUGUGCACAGGUUCUUCAAGGUCACAAAACCUUCCUGAAUGAUGCUUACAACUGGGAGUUCCUGAUCUGGGAAACAGCACUGUUGCUUUUCUUGCUUCGCCUGGCCUCGCUGGGGUCGGAAACCAACAAGAAAUACAGCAACGUUUCCAUCCUGCUCACGGAACAGAUUAAUUUAUAUCUUAAAAUGGAAAAAAAGCCAAAUAAGAAAGAACAGCUCACUCUUGUAAACAAUGUAUUGAAGCUGUCCACCAAGUUGUUAAAGGAGCUGGACACACCAUUUAGACUCUAUGGACUGACCAUGAACCCCUUAAUCUACAACAUCACAAGAGUAGUCAUCCUUUCUGCUGUCUCAGGAGUCAUAAGUGAUCUUCUAGGAUUCAACAUAAGACUGUGGAAAAUUAAGUCCUAAGCUGAGUUGUGUGCCUGGACUCUUUUCUGGCUGCUGUCACACACUGCUUGCCCACUGAGGACAAAAAUGGCUUACUUGAACCAGUGACCCCACCUGCUGGCUGACGUGCAUAAGCCUCUCUGCUCUGGCAAGCCUAUCGAAUGGAGUUUCCAGCGGGGCACAUCCUUUCCCUGGGCAUGUGUGCUAAAACCUGCACUUUCACAGUUCUCAAGCAAUGUGAACAGUCAGCAAACUAAAGCCUGCCUGACAGGACCUUCUGUGUCGGGACAUGUAUGCUGGACCCUCCAGUAUUGUGCUAGUUAUAUUUACUGGAAAUAGGCUUUUGGCUAACCAUGGUAGAUGCCCAGAGAAUGAAGCAAGUAUCUUUUAUUGGAAAUAUGCAAAUUCAGUACUUUUCUAAUAUAGUCUAUGGAUUGGAGAUUUCUCUAUCAAAGAGAGAUAAACUAUUUUAGGUUAAAUCCAAAUAAAAGAACUUUACU